AUGAUGCUUAAUACGGGGAUCUAUGUGAUGAUGAGCUGUUUGCUUGCUUCGGCGCAGAUAACUUGGAGGCCAUCGAAGCCUACGAAUUCGGUGACCAUUCGACAGAGUGGCGGAAGCUUUUGUAGCAAUCACUUGGUUGGUGAGUUUGUGGAGCAUGCAGAGGAUUGCCACAUGUUCUACCUCUGCGUGGAGAAUGGCGACGCUGUCCUGGCCUCCUGUCCACCAACCAUGCUCUUCAAUUCGGAGAGCCGACUUUGCGAUGCGGCGGGAAAUGUGAAAUGCAGAAAUGGCACAGAUGCCAUGGAAAUUCCGCCUUUCGACGGUGAUGAUAAUGAUGAUCCCAACAACAUGGUGACGGAUGCCGCCACAUAUUGUGCCACCAUAGUGACACAGCAGUCCAGCGAAAGAAUUGUCUAUGUCGGAAGUUCCAGCAGCUGCAGUCAUUUUUACAUUUGCUACUAUGGACAGGCGAUAUUGCAGGAGUGCAGUUCCCAAUUGCAUUGGAAUGCCAUGACGGGCAAGUGCGAUAUUCCGGAGAGAGCUCAGUGCACCCUGGGUGGCCAGGCGGAGGCGCCAGCGAAUGGCAAUUCCAAUUUUCAGCCGGGUGGAUCCAUUUCCAGUGAUCUCAUUCACUGUCCGGCCUACGGACAGCAUUUGUAUCCCCACAUGGAGCGCUGCGAAUUCUUCAUCUAUUGUGUCAAAGGACACGCCAGCCUUCAGCAGUGUCCUUUCUAUUAUUUCUUUGAUAUUUCCACCAAAAGUUGCCAGUGGUCACGAACGGCUCUCUGUGUGCGCGAUUUGAAUCUGGCGCCACAAAUAAAGUGA